AUGGAGGGCUCUUCGCAUCCGUCCUUCUUUCCUCUCAACGCCAAGACUGCCGCAGACUAUUCCUCGUCCGAGUCAGAUUCCGACGAUCCAAGUGUGCCCGGGCUCGACGGCGACGACAACGACUUUGGAGACUUUAAUCCCCGCAAGAAGAGGCGUGUUGGUGGAAACAGCAAGGAGAAAGCGGCGCUGGGCAUUUUCGGCUCCGAUAGCGACGACGACAAUCCCAACGCGCGCUGGAAGCGAAAGACACUGAGAAGCAAAGGCGUUAGCUUCGUGUCGACUGCUGCCGAGGGAGCUGGACAAGAUGCGAGCAACGAAUCGGAAGACGAAACACGGCCUCUAGGCCUUGGCAUGAAUAGCCGCAAUGACGAUGAGGACGAGGACGAGGACGAAGAUGAGGAUGAGGAUGGCGACAGGCCAGCAGGACUCGGGCUCGGCAACGCGGCCAAGCACCUGCGCUUCACAGCUGGCGAAAGAUUUCGCAAGACGAAUGCGCCGAACGAUUCGAGCACACAGUCAUCCUUCAAGACCAAUUUCAGCUCCGGUGGCGUCCUCGGCGGUGGCUUCGUGCCUUCAUCCGCCACGGAGCCCGUACUCAAGGAGACGAAGAAUGGAAACGACACGCCACGAAACAAGCCCCAAAUGAGCGCUUUCACUUCAAAAGGCAAAAUUAACGCCAAGUCAUUUGGUGCGCGGAUGAUGGCCAAGAUGGGCUACGUCGAGGGCAAGGGUCUGGGCAAAGAAGGCGAAGGACGAAACAUCAUCAUCGAAGCCAACCUCCGACCCCAGGGAAUCGGUCUUGGCGCCGUAAAAGAGAAAACGGAGCAGGAGCGUCAGGAAGAGAAGAGACAGGCGCGGCUACGGGGAGAGGAGGUCGUCGACUCGGAAGAGGAAGAAAGGGAGCGCAGGAAGGCCAAGAAGAAGGCCCGAGGAGCCGUGGCUUACAGUAGUGCUGGAAGCACCCCAAUGCGGCAGAGAACCAAGUAUCUUACGGCCGACGAAAUCAAGAAGAAGGCACCCGGCUUGAACAUCCCGGAGGCCUUUGCCCCCAUUCUCGACAUGACCGGCCCCGGGGGCAAGCUGCUCACGUCGACGAGCGGCAUCAUGACCCCAUCAUCCGGUGGCCCUGAGUCGGCCGAACUGAUUGAGGCGAGGAAGCUGGCUCAACGCGCACAGUCAGACCUACUGGCUUUCUCAGAAGAAUGGAGGAGCCUGGAGUCGCGCAAGACGUGGGUGAAUCUGGAGCUCAAGCAGAGGGAGCAGGAGAUUGAAGAUUUGCGGUCCGAUUUCGAGAGACUGAAAGCCUUUGCCAACGUUGUAUCUGAGCAACUUAUCGGCGCGACGGAGUGGGGUCAAGUCAUGAGUGCUCUUCAGACAGCUGUUGAUGCCGGAUCAGCGAGCGACGCCAUCGCCGACAUUGCGGUCGCUGCGAUUCAUCCGUUUCUACGCAGCGCCGACUGGGACCCAAUGGCCGAACCCUCGCGAUUCGCAUCCGACCUACAGAAGCUGUCGGGCCUCUUUAACAAAUCUGCAAACGCCAAUCAGUCGGUAAACAAGUGGAACUCCUCCGCCGCUCAGGACGAUGGCGUUUAUCGAGCACACCACAAGGCCACUACGCCCUACGAGACGAUGAUGUACAAGAACUGGCUCCCCCGAGUAUUGACGGCAGUCCGCUCAUGGGAUCCGCUGAAUCCCACGCCGAUGCUCAACAUCAUGGAAAGCUGGAAAGAUUUGUUGCCCCCAUUUGUCCGAGCGCAGUUGAUGGAUAAUGUAGCCCGGAAGCUAGAAACGGCCGUGUCCGACUGGAACCCCAAGAAGAAGCGGCAAAGCCACCAUCUGCCACACACCUGGCUAUUCCCUUGGCUGCAGUACCUUCCUCCCUACCAUCUGGAUCCGAAGGGUACUGGUCUCGUUGCCGAUGUCAGGAGGAAGUUUAGGCACCUCAUUGACGCGUGGGAAUUUGAGAGAGGAGUUGUUCCUGGGCUGAUGCAAUGGAAAGACGUCCUGGGAGACCAGUGGCGGCCGCUCAUCAUGUCGCACGUCUUGCCAUCAAUGGGCAAGUACUUGCGCACCAACUUCCGCGUCGACCCGGCGGAGCAGGAGCUGUAUCUCCCCGUGCUGGUUGGCAUCAUGAAGUGGAACCAGGUCCUUGGCGACGCCGUCUUGGCAGAGGUGUUGGUGCAGGACAUGUUCCCGAUGUGGAGCAGCAGAUUGCAAGAAUGGCUUGCGCUUGACGAGGCGGACCUUGCGGAGGUGGCAGACUGGUACAGCUGGUGGCGAGGCGUGCUGCUCAAGGACAUGGCAGAGAUUAAGGCUGUCCGGGCGGAACUCGACAGAGGGCUGCAACUUGUGAAUAUGGUAUAA